GGGGCGGCGGGGCCGGCCGGGUGCGGCGCGAUGCGGGGCGGCCGCCGCCUCUUCCCGCUGCUGCUCCUGGCGCUGCUGCCCGGGCUGUGCCACGGCAGGGAGUCGGCGCCGGGCGCCGUGACUUGUGGCUCGGUGCUGAAACUGCUCAACACCCGCCACAGCGUGCGGCUGCACUCGCACGAAGUCAAGUACGGCUCCGGAAGUGGGCAGCAGUCAGUGACAGGAGUUGAAGCUUCAGAUGAUGCCAACAGCUACUGGCGGAUCCGUGGGAAGAGUGACAGCAGUUGCCAGCGUGGGACACCAGUGAAGUGUGGGCAAGCCAUACGACUUACCCACGUUAACACUGGGAAAAAUCUGCACACUCAUCACUUCCCAUCACCACUCUCCAAUAACCAAGAAGUAAGUGCCUUUGGGGAUGAUGGCGAAGGAGAUGACCUGGAUUUCUGGAUUGUGCAGUGCAGUGGGACUUACUGGGAGCGGGAGGAUGCCGUGCGCUUCAAGCACGUGGGGACUGAGGUGUUCCUGUCCAUCACGGGGGAGCAGUACGGCCACCCCAUUAGAGGCCAGCGGGAAGUUCAUGGCAUGCCUGCUGCCAACCACCACAACUAUUGGAAAGCCAUGGAGGGAGUCUUCAUCAAACCCAGUCUGGACCCUGCCAAACAUGAUGAGCUCUGAAUUGACACGGGAUUCAAAAUGCUUCGUGUGACUCCAGUGUGUGGAGAUUCUAAUCCUUGGUCUCUUCUAAGUCCUGCCUUGUCUGAGUGACUGACUUUCUGUAUUACUGAAAGGCAUUAGUUCAUUCUAGGAAUGCAGCACUUCUGUGGGGAAUGGCUUCUGCCAGGUUCAGCCGCUGACAUUUAUUUGGUGAAAUCCUUUCUGAACUUGCGAGCUUUGUUGGUGAAACUAGUUCCAUACAUCUGUUAGGUUUUGUUGUCAUUUGUUUGCUUGUUUCUUUUUCUUGAUUUCAAAGGAAAUGAAAAAAUGAAACUAAUACUUUUCUCUAGUCUCAAGAACAAUAAAACUUUGUAUUUUGUAAUCUUUUCCCAGCUAUAAUUAAAUAUUUGGAAACUGAUUUCUAUGUCCUAGUAAAAGAAUGUUAAGGAGAUGGAUUGAGUCUAGACAUGGAAAAAUGGUUCUGAAAUAUAUUGUUUUUUGGAUGACUUGCAGUCACCUAGUCAGUCUUUGAGUUUAAAAAAAAAAAGUAUCUAUUUGAAAAUUGCAUUCAAUGUCUUAUGAGAGUUUCACUCUGUAUUAUAUUGGAAGACUUGAAAAUAUUGUGUAUGUUGGAGUAAGAAGACAAAAUUUUAAUAUUUUCACUUCAUCCAAGAAAUUCAGAUGUUCUAGUAGUGGUGGUACAGCUGAUUGUCCAUUUGUAAGGCUGCUCUGCUCUAUGAACAGGUGCAGAAAACUGCUGCUUGCUUAAUUAAUAUUAGAAUUUUAUGAAGUUUCAUGUGGUGUAAAGGAACAGUUGAAUUUGGCUUACUUCUGUGUCACUCUGCAAGAUCAAUGUGACAAUCCAGGUGAAUAAAUA